UUUGGAAGGCAUUUUGCACCCCGAGCAGCACAUUCGUCGGGCACUUCCUGACUUCGGCCAUGGCGGAGGAUCAACGUCUCAUGGUGUCGGAGUCUGAAGACCAGACACAGAGGAAGUGCUUCAAAGCAACGAGCUUGGUUUGGGGCCUCAUUGCCAGCAAUUUGUUGUUGCUGAGCGUAGUUUUGUGGCUUGAGACCGGGUCACAGACCUCCGCGAAUGCUCUACCGGAUCAUGAUCUCUUGCUCCCCUUGCUGCCCGAGAUCCAGCACCGCGCCUUGUGGGAUGUGAACUUAUUCGAUCAUCCGGAUGAGCCUUAUGCAAACUACCCCACCGAGGCCAAGAUCGUGACCACCAGCUGUGUGAUCGACACCGUCCAAGCGGCCACUUAUUUGGGCAAAGCGGUGGUGAACAUUUACCGUGCCGAGAUUUGCCCCGAUGACGAACCACUGGGCUGCACGGCACCAGUGGCUCAUACAAUCACAUCCUUCAUUUGGGUCAUGGCCUUUCUCACCAGCGCAGCCUCCACCUGCGCAGCCACACUUGAUCAGGCAGGCUCCUGUGUGGCGGCUAUUAUGAGAGAUUUGGCGACAGCGGGCUCCACGAUCUAUGGCUUCGAUGAAGAUUGUUUCCUCACACAUCCGAGAGACACCAGCUGGAGAGUGUUCCAGAGGUGGUGGAAGCAUCUGGCCAAGCCAGAGAAGCGACGUUUGCGAGGCACGGACAGCAGCCCGGAACAGUUCAGCGAGCCUGGGCCUGCGGCCCGGGACCUUCCGAUGUCCAGAAACAUCUCGGCUUACAGAAGAAAGUCUUCUGAGAUAGCAGAACGACUGCGAAACCUCGCCGGUCCGGGUUCUGCCGGUGGUCGUGCCAUACUCCCGAAUGUCCUCUUCGAUGCACAGACCAAAGGACUGCCCCGUGAUUUGGUGAGCGCUUACCAGAAAGUGAAAACCAUUGAUGCGAAGCACAAGUAUAAGACUGAGCGCGACUUUGCACUGGCGAACUGCGUGUUUGACAGUGUGGCGGCCGUCACUUGGAUCACACGUGCUCUUUUGUCCAUUGAGGAAGCGGCACGAAACUGUCCUGCUCCAAAGGCAUGCGCGGUUGAUAUCUUGUAUGUAAUUGGCGCUUUUUCCUAUGGUGCGCAGGUCCUGUCGCUGGCUUUUGUGGAUUGCCCCAAGCGUGGCAAGCGAGAGGCUCUUUGUGGGGCUGACGUCACAGAUGUGAUUGGUUCAAUGUCCAUUUUUGUCGCCUCAACAUUACAGGCUGCUGAGUAUUGUGAUGCAACCUUCAAGCGCCUGCCCAGUACUUCCAGUGCUCGCUAGCUAAUUAGGUCUAUCAUGCACUCCAGUCCUGGUUGGUACCCGCACAUGUGCAACCUUGGAGGCUCAAUUUGGGGGAGAGUCAGCAAAACCCACGCAUGCUAUUAUAAUCUAUUGUUGUCAUUUUGGAACCCCUAAUUCACAAUGACCAGAGACUCAGACAGAUCAAGCGUGUGCGGGCUGACCAGUUUGAGGAUCGCUUUUUUCAUUUUCCAUUCACUUUGCAGCAUAUACUAUAGUCUAAACUGCAGACGCCGGAUCCCACAGAUGAGUUUUCUUUUUUGGGUUUGCAAUAUUGUUGCCUUGUUGCUGUUGUUGAAAUGCGAGGCAGUCGCAGUGUUUGUAAAGCAGUAAAGCACAUCUGGACUGAAUGGACCAGAAUUUUGUUUGACAAUCGGGUGACUCUACAACUGGCUUCGGAAGACUUGUAAGAGUUGUACAUUCACCAAUUGUUGGGCUUCUAUCUGAUUGGAUUGGUUGAAGC